GUGCUUCACAAAAUAAGAGGCCACAGCGAAGCUGGAACUCAUAGUGCAAAAUGAGUGGAGGCUUAGCACCAAGCAAAAGCACUGUGUACAUUUCCAACCUGCCAUUUUCACUGACCAAUAGUGACCUGCAUAAGCUAUGCACUAAGUAUGGAAAAGUCGUUAAGGUAACAAUUGUCAAAGACAAGCAAACACGGAUGAGCAAAGGUGUUGCAUUUGUGCUGUUCCUGGACAGAGAGUCAGCUCAUAAUUGUGCUCGAUCACUGAACCACAAACAACUGUUUGGUAGAACAGUAAAGGCCAGCAUUGCUGUUGAUAAUGGAAGAGCUACUGAGUUUAUUCGAAGAAGAAACUACACAGACAAGACCAGGUGUUAUGAGUGUGGUGAAGAUGGUCAUCUAAGCUACUGUUGCCCAAAAAAUCUGCUUGGAGAAAGAGAACCUCCACCCAAAAAAGAAAAGAAAAAGAAGAAAAAAAUACAGCAAACUGAGGAGGUUGAACAGGUAGAAAGUGAAGAUGAAGGAGAAGACCCUGCACUCGACAGUUUAAGCCAGGCAAUUGCUUUUCAGCAAGCCCGAAUCGAGGAGGAAGAGAAACGAAGAAAACCAGUGACCGGAGAUUCAGGCCAGGCUUCCACAUCUGAGGACUCAAAUAAACGCAGGAUCAAAAAGAGCACCUACUUCAGUGAUGAAGAAGAGCUUAGUGACUGAUGAACACUUUAUUAACCUGAAUGUGCAUUUUCAGAUCAGUGAGGUUAUCAGUCUAAAAGUAUGAGCAGCUUAUUAUGUAAAUGACAAAAUAUUACAUGCAAAUGUGAUAUGAACCAAUGACACAUGAGACUUGCUUUUGAGCCCGGUGCUGCACAGAUAAGCAUUGUUAAAAGGUGUAUUUACUGGUUCCGCAUUUAAGAACUUUGAUGUUAAAAGUGUAGUCACUCCAUGUAGCUGUUCAGUGUUUUUGAUUUGUAGAUUCUGUGUGACUAAAACCAAUCCUUUUUUCUUGGAUUUUUUUGUACAUAUAUUAUAACUGCGAUGUGUAAUGUCAAGACUGUACUAAUUUCAUAUAUGAUUGUAGAU